AUCUAUCUUGCCUUCGUCUUUCUACUCGGCCCCUCUUCACACUCUCCCUGGUGAAGAGAUGUCCCUUGGCUUGACUAGAUGUUUUUCAAGCCUCUAGACCUGACAACUGCGCUUCGCCCCUCGCUGUUGCCCGAUGAGACCUUACUCUUUGUCCAGGAUGCGGUGGGGUUGUACGAAGGAAAAUACAAGAUCCCCAAUUAUCAGAACGGUCAUGCCUAUCUGACCUCUCAUCGAAUCUGUUACGUAGCAGUGGAUGAGCCCCGGAAAUACGCAGUCGCCAUUGACUUGAAAGAUAUCGAUAGGGCGGAUUAUCAAGCAGGUUUCUGGAAGUCGUCUCCAAAGAUCACGGUAUAUCCAAAGCCGCUCAAGAGCACCCUCGAUAGGUCAAAAAGCGCUGGCGCAAGUCCCUCUCGAUCGCAAUCUCCUUUCACCCCAACCCCUGUGCCGCAUUUCAAUGCUGCGCCUUCUCAGCCUAUCAAUGCAACCUGGAUCUGUCCUAUAUGCUCAUUUUCCAAUCCCGUGCCCUCCAAUUUCGACCCUUCCACCGCCACUGCGUCCACACCUAUACCACCUUGUCUAGCCUGUGGCAUCAAGCCCCCUUUUGCAACGAUUCUGAAGGCUGCGAUCACAGCUGCCUCCAGUCGUGAUAGUUCUUUGACAAACCCGACUAUCUUUAAACCCGGGCAUGAACCAGCACCCCAGAGUGAUGACUCCAAGAGUGUGUCGACUCCGCACAAUGGCGCCCAGGUAUCAUGUCCUCGCUGUACAUUUGUCAACCAUCCUUACCUCAUAGAAUGUGAAAUAUGCGGUGCCUCCUUGGUGUCUGCAAAUGUGCUCAGGGCCUCAGAGGGCGCUCAUUACCGUGCAGAAUCCCCGGCGCCUGUUUUUGACCAAGGCAGUAUAAAGAGCACUCAGAUCAAGGAUAGCAUGAAAUUAUCCUUCCGUGCAGGCGGGGAAAAGAUAUUCCAUGAAAGACUGAAGGGAGCCUUGAUCCAGAGGAAAUGGCUUCUCUACAAUGCGCCGCCCGUGCCACAGCAACCAUCACAAACAAGCACCAACUCGCCAGGCUUAACCGUGUCUACUCCUACCAAUGGCCCUGUAGCACCCCCAUCCCGCUCACCUGGGGUCGGUAUUGCCGGCCUUGAGCGCCGAGGCCUCGAGGCUCGUAAGAACAACGAGCUUGUCAUUGGUAAUGCGUUCGAGGACCUUGAAGCGCUUAUGGCAUCUGCCAAACAAAUCGUUGCGCUUGCUGAGACACUAGGUCGAGAAUCAGGGAUGACUAGUGAUGGAAGCUCUGCAGAAACUAGCGCAGUUCUUUCGGAAUCGGCUGCAGCGUUAGGCAUGGUGACGACGAAGGAUAUGCUUGGUUCUGGGGCUGAGAGCUUAUAUCUGUCGGAACUAUCCCGGAAUCUGGCAGAGUAUCUUACCGAUGAUCGCAAGGGGAUUUUGCAGCGGGAGGGCGGCAUUAUCAGCCUAAUUGACCUUUGGGCAAUCUUUAAUCGGUCUCGAAAUGGAGUCGAACUUGUCAGUCCUUCGGACUUCCAAAAGGCUGCGGAGCUAUGGGAAAAGCUAAAGUUGCCCGUUCGUUUACGCCGAUUUAAGAGUGGGCUGCUCGUCGUCCAGCGGUAUGACUGGACCGAUGAGAAGACCCUUCGGCAAUUGUUAGACUGGAUGGUAGAGCUCCGGCAGACGCCACCAACCGAACCGGUGGCCUGGGACUGGCGUUUGUUUGGACGUGCUGUAACGGCGCAGGAGGCAGCACAGCGAUUCAAAUGGAGUGUUGGUGUUGCAGCGGAGGAAUUAGAAAUGGCAGAGGACAAGGGGAUUCUGUGCAGAGAGCAGGGCAUUGAAGGACUGAGAUUCUGGUUUAACUACAUUACAUCUAACCCAGACGCGCAGGAUGUUGAUGAUCUAGGUCUGUCAGGGAUAAGCAUAGAUGAUAGUGGUAUAUAGAGUCGACGAACAUGUUGAAUAGGAACGCCACGCC